AUGCUACUUAAUCAGAUUGGAAAUAUUAAGGCUGUCCUUGUACUUGAUAAGGAAGGAAAUGCUCUCAUUGGCAAAUACUAUAACGCUGAUGGUAUGAGUGAUAGUAGUAAGAGAGCAUUCGAAGGUAGAUUACAUAAGGCAUCCAAAUCUAAUUCCAAUUCCUCAUAUGAAAACUCAUUCUUUACACUUGAGCACCAGAUUGCGUUCUAUAGGGUUUAUGAUGAUAUCAGUGUGUUUGUUGUUGGACAAGAAGAUGACAACGAGCUCGUAAUCAGUGAAGUUUUAGAUACUCUCCACGAGUGAUUUGAUGAAGCAUUCACUCAUAUUAUUGAUAGGGAAAGCCUCACAAACAACAUGACUGCAGUUAUCUUGAUCAUUGAUGAACUUAUUGACAAUGGCAUUAUCAUGACACUCGAAGCAGCUUCUAUCUUAGAAAGAAUCAGCAUCAAGUUGUCAGACUCGAAAGGCUCGAAGAAAGAAAAGGUAGAUCCUAAGGAUGAAGAAAAGCCUGCAGAAGCCUCGGGAGGGUACUUGUCGUUUACGUCUGUGUUUUCAAGCGCCAAAAAUUCUCUGGCCAAAACACUUGCUCUGUAA